UUUUUUUUUUUUCUUCGUCUUAUUUUUUAAUUUUUUUCUAUUUUUUUUUUCUACAAUGGGACUUGCAUUGUGCCCUUGCAUGCCGCACAAGCAGCCGGCUGCUGCUCCCACUCGCCCUGGCGAGCGCAAGCCGCUGCAGAAGCGAAAGAUUGACCGAACUCAAAUCGGCCUCCCGUCCAACUUCCAGCACACCGGUCACAUUGGUGCAGGCGCUGCCGACAUGGGUGUUCAGCUCUCUGGUCUGCAGUCCCAAAUGAAGUCCAAGGGUGGGUAUGAAGCAUCGGCGACGGGCACGGGUGCCCCGGCUGCUGCCAAACCUGCCACUGCCGCCGCCGCCGCCACAACCGCCACUUCGGGUACCAAGCCAACAAGUGCAGCGCCCGCCGUGGCUGAGACUGCGUCGGCAGCCGCUGCCACCACUCCGGCCGUCGUUGCCGAGCCUGCUCCAGUCAAGGUCGAAGAGCCGGUCGCAGCGCCUGCCCCAGCCCCAGUACCAGAGCCAACACCAGCAGAGCCAGAGCCAGCACCACAACCACCAAAGGUCGAGGAGCCGUCCGACGACAAGGAGAAUGAGCUCCCCGCUCCUCCGGCUCCUCAGGCCCCGGAGGAGGUCCCUGCCCCAGCAGCCCCCCAAGAGGCUGACGAGCCUGCUGCCCCAGCGCAGCCCGACCUCCCUCCUCCGCCAAAGGUUGAGGAGGUUGAGGAAGUCGCACCUCCUGCGCCCGCCGCCGAGCCAGAGGCGCCAGCAGAGCCUGAAGCCGCUCCUGCUGAGCCAAGCGACGACUAAGUGCCAUAAACUAGCGAGGCCUCGACUGCCUCGUAUAUUUUCUUUCUCGCUCUCUCUCUCUCUCGUGUUCGAGAUUGGCUUGGAUUCAGUCGCGUUUAUGUUUGAGUCCUUUCUAUCUCGUUGGCUUUGCUCUUUCUUUGGCUUCUGGUUUUUUUUCCCGCUUUUUGCAAGAGCUUGGACCACGCGUGCAACACAUGCACUUGCUGCUCCGCUCGCAAGUUGCGCUCCUUUCAGAUUGGCUCCAUCACUUCUUCUCCCUUCAUCUGCCCUUUUUUUUUCCUCUCUCGCCUUUUUUUUAAAAAUUGCUGUCUGUUCCUUGUUGUGGUGUAUUUGUCGUCGUGGUUGUUUUGCCUGUUGUUCCAUGUUUGAUGUAGAUGCUGCUUCCCCCCCCCCCUCUUUUUUUUUUUCGGUUAAUACACAACUGAAAUCGAUACCCA